AACAUUCCUGCAGGCAUAGCUUUGAGCAAUGGUUACCUGUGGAAGAAGCAGAGGAAGUUUGCCAACACUCACCUGCGUUACUUUGGAGAGGGCCAGAAGUCACUGGAAAAAUACAUUGAAGUGGAAAGCAACUUCCUCUGUGAAGCUUUCAAUGAGGAACAAGGAAGGCCAUUCAACCCCCACUACAUCAUAACGAAUGGAGUGAGUAACAUCAUCUCCUCUGUGGUCUUCGGACACCGUUUUGAAAACAGCGACCAAAGACUUCGCAAGUUUCUGGAAUUGGACAAUGAGGCCAUUGUGCUCGUAGGCUCUGCUCAGACUCAGCUGUAUGACGCCUUCCCUGGCUUGCUGAAGUACCUGCCAGGACCUCACCAGACUGUUCACGCCAACUACAAGGAGAUACUGAUUUUCCUGAAAAAGGAAAUAGAGAAGCACCAAGAAGAGUGGAACCCAGAUGACCCUCGAGAUUAUAUUGAUGUUUACCUGGCAGAGAUGGAGAAGAAAAAGGAGGAUCCCCAGGCUGGCUUCAACAUAGAAACCCUGCUGGUUUGCUUGCUUGAUCUAAUUGAGGCUGGGACAGAAACAAGUUCCACCACUUUACGCUGGGGCCUCGUAUACAUGAUGCACUACCCAGAGAUACAGGAGAAGGUCCAGGCAGAAAUAGACAGAGUGAUCGGACAGUCUCGUCAGCCAAACAUGGCCGACAGACCCAACAUGCCUUACACUGAUGCUGUCAUCCACGAGAUUCAAAGGAUGGGGAAUGUUCCCCUGGGAUUCCCCAAAAUGGCCAGUAAAGACACAACACUGGGAGGAUACUUUAUACCCAAAGGCACAUUUAUUAGUAUAAUCCUUGCAUCUGUGCUGUUUGAUAAGAAUGAGUGGGCGACUCCACAUGUCUUCAGUCCUGAGCAUUUCUUGGAUUCAGAGGGCCAGUUCCGCAGAAGAGAUGCAUUCUUACCGUUCUCAGCAGGUAAACGUGUGUGUUUGGGAGAGCACCUGGCCAGAAUGGAGCUGUUCCUGUUUUUUUCAUCUCUCUUCCAACGCUUCACCUUCUCUCCAGUUCCGGGCGAAAUGCCCAGCUUAGAGGGCGUGCUGGGCUUCACCUGUUCCCCUGAGGAGUUCAGGAUGCACGCCUUGCCUCGCUGAUCAAUGAUCUCAAUGAUCUCUCUGAGACAACAGUCAAAGAUCCUAGAUUCAAAUCUUUUUUGUAUGUCAUCUUCAAUGACAUGAUGAUCAAAUAUCUGACUUUCUUCUGAAAACUAGCCUGUGUGAUAUGACCACCCAUAUGAC